AUGUCGAAGAGCCGCGUUCCAAUGAUGCUGGGCCUCGCUGCGGCGGGUGCAGGCGGAUACUACCUUUACUCUGCGGGCGGCAGUCCCUCGGCAGCAAAGCACCAGAUGAAGAUCGACGCUGAAAAGGCACGCGAGAAGAUUCCAGGCACAGACAACGCCGAGAAGUAUGGCAAGGAUGUCGGCAAGGAAGCUGGCGCCAACAUCGACGAUGCUAUCGCCAAAACCCGUGCUGAAGUCCAGGAGGGUAAGAACAAGCUUGAGGAGCUCCGCAAUGAAGCAAAGAACAAGUUCAAUGCCAGCCGGGAGAAGGUCAACCACAGUGUUGAUCAGAUCGAUCGCGAUGUCGAGCAAAAGGCCGCUGAGGCCAAGGGGGCUGUCUCUGGCUGGCUCGGUGGCAAGAAAUAA